GUGUGUUCCAGUCUGACAUCCUCGGGGAACUUGGAGGGUUUAAAAAAAAAGGCUGAUCGGGACAGUGAACAUAAUGUUCAACAUCAUGUGGCACAUUUUCCCAAGAAUAACACCAUGAAACGGGUCGGGGCUGAGCGGGCAGCAUUUAGGAAGACGGAACAUCCCGUGAGGGUGCUGCCAAAGCGUCUCGGCAGAGCCAAGUUUGGCUUUCCAGCAGGUUUGUGGUUAUGGAGGAUGCAGAGUUGGGUGAUGCUCUCACGAGGGAGGAUUUCCUUCUGUACACCAUCGAGGAGGAGAGGUCGAGUCUGAUUUCUGAAAGCAAUGUCCGGGAUCCCUGUUUGAACGGCCGGGAGGUGGGGGAACCCGGAAGCGGCGACCCUGACAGCAAGUUCCUGGGUAAGCCGGCAACAGGAGUCAGUCCCCCAGACAUGGUACCGGACUCAGACGGGAAAAAGUCCUUCCAUUCAUCUACAAGAUCCGCAGACAACCUAGUGGAAUCCAAUGCAGGCUCAACAGCCGGAAAGCAAGGAGGCUCAGAUAUUUUACUGAAACUGAUAAUGAAGCGACAAACAACAGGACUUCCUGACGUUCAGCUACAGGACAAGCUGAGAGGAAAGCUGCGCAUUCUAGAGAAUGACUGUGGAGAGGUCAUAGCCCUCUUUAGUCUUUCCCUUUACCUAUAUCCAUCUUGUGGUAAAUUGUUGGAACUUUCAGCUAGACUGCUGUCCAUACAUAGUGACCAAGACUUGAUUGUGAUCACUUUUAAAACAUUUGAAGAAAUUUGGAAAUUUUCAACGUAUCACUCACUAGGCUUUAUUGGCCACUGCAUGGAGAACCUACUGCUAGAUCAAGGCUUUUGGCUGAAUUGUAUCGAUGAAAAGGAUGCCAGGAUUGAGGUGCAGAUAAGUGAAGAAUCUCUCAAAAUAAUGUACAAAGGCCUUCUUUUACAGGAAGGAAUGUUUUUUGUAAGUUAUCCAUUCAGUCUUCAGAAAAAUGAAGAAAAUGACCAGGAGCCCAAACAGAAUGACCUUGUUGUUGUUGACAAUGCAAAAAGUGGUUCUAAAUGGUCAGGGCAGUCUCUGGUCAGUGGAAAGAAGGUUUUGCUUCCAAAAUCACACAUGGAGCUUCUCAUCCCUUUUCAUCAAUGGUUUUUCAAAAGGUACAGUGGAGGCAUUGAUGCACCAAAUAACAUGAUAGCAGAAUUUUCUCAACCACUUGGACAGGGGUGCUGCAUUGCAAUGGUUGAUUACAAUGGUUUUGGAGCUGACGAGUUGAGCUUCCAGCCGGGGGACAGGAUUGCAAUCAUCGGCUUUCUCAGCACAUGUCUGCAGUGGUUCCUGGGGAGAAAUGAAGCAAGUGGAAAAAUUGGGUUUGUGAAAAUAAAUCACGUGAAGCCAAAAGAUUUCAUGCCACUGGCAAACGAUCUGCUGUUCAUUGAUGAAGCAGAGAAAUACUUUUUUGUGGAGCAAGAUGAGUUUAAUGAAGAAGAUUCUUUGAAGAUGCUCAAGCAGAUGAUUCAGACUGACAUCAGUACAAUCUAUCGAAUGGAUAAAUUGGGACCAUCGAAUCCACAAUAUGAGGAUGAAAAAGGAGAACAGCAAACUCCAAGCACUCAAGAAAUGGAAUUGCUGAAAAUCAAGCUGAAUAAGGCUGUAAAUGGGUUGAAAGAGAAAAACCAUAUUCCUUCAGGCGAUGGGAGGGAAACUAUUGAACAGAAUUCUGUAAGAUGCGACCAAGGAGAUGGACUCGUCUCUGAGGAGCCCUGGCUCUUUGUAGGCCACACAGGAGACCUGGACAAUCCUGAAGCAUUUCACCCUUUAUUAGUCAUGCUCAAUAAUGAGGAAUACAGCAAGCACUUCAAAAACUUGUACGACUCCGGUUUUUCCUUUCUAAAAUCCACUUUUUAUGGCUAUAGUGAAGAGGAAGAAGUGGUUCAUUAUCUUGAGGUGGCAAGAGAAGCAGCAAGAAAGCAACAGAUGCAAUGGGCUCAAACAAGAAUCUGUUUUCUACUGGGCAGAAUGUGUGCCAGGAAGCUCAAGUACUCUCAGGCCAGAGUUUAUUUUGAAGAGGCUCUCUGUGUAAUGAAGGGACAAUUCACAGACCUAUUUCUCUUAAUCGCUCUGUAUACAAACCUUGUUGCUAUAUACUUGAAACAGAAAAACAAAGAGAAGUGCUCUGCCAUUUUUGAGAAGAUUGCAGCCUUACUCUUGGGUACCCCAAACUACAUUUGUACCACUGAAAUGGAAGCUGAAGUUCUGAAAUACAUUUUAGGGAGGGCGGUGCUGUCAAAAAAUAAGCAUGCUGAAGCAAGAGUGUGCUUUCUUCUAGCUAAACUUCAUAUAAAUCUUAAACAGUAUGAUGAUGCAUUGCCUUUCAUUGAGAGACUACAGUUUUUGAGAAAUACCAUAAUUUUAGAAAGCAGAAGCUCUUUAGACUUUCAUUUUACAUUAGGAUCACUGUAUUAUCGAAAAUGUUUGCCAAAUCUUGCUAUAAGCUGUGUAAAACUUUCUUGCGUACAACCUACAAGAACUUUAAUGGAUUGUUUAAAAGGUGCUGACUUUGUCAUGAAAGGAGCCUCAAAGCUCUGUGGAAUGGGUAGAGUCACUCCCACAAUUCCAGCACAAGUAGCACCCUACCUUAAAUGGGCACUUGCGUUAGUUAACAUCCUUGAACGGGGCGACAUUAGCCGAGCCAUUUGCCUCAGCUUGUCAGAGGUUUACAAAUUGCAUGGAAUGUAUGGAAAAGCGGUUCAUUACAUCAAAAUGGCCAUUAACAUAGAAACCUCCAGUAGUACUGAGGAGAUGGUUGAUGCACUCAUUUCUCUUGCAUGGUUGCACAUUCUGAACAGCCAACCUGCUAAAUCCGUUGUUAUUUUAAAGAAAAUACUGGAGUGGCCUUCUGUUCAGAGUUGUCCUGUACAGCAGGGGAUUGUUUACAAUAUGGUUGCUAUCUCCAUGAGAAGAAUGAGAAAUGUCAAGGAAGCUGCUAAGAACUAUCGCAGAGCCCUAUCAAUUUCUGCGGAUUCAGGAAUGAAAUUUAACCAAGCUAUUGCAAAUGCUAAUUUUGGCUUGCUCUGUCGUUGGGCAAAGGCUCAUGGACUUUCAGAACAAUUUCUUUUAAAGUCCAUUCAUAUCUUCUCUGAACUACAAAAUGUUGCCUCUGAUGAAAGUUUUAUUCAGGUUCUAAUUAUGCUGGGAGAUUACUACAUUGAACAAGAAUUAAAAGAAAAUGGGAUAUUUUGUUAUGAAUGGGCACUUUUAAUCGCACUGAAAGCAAAUCUUAUUGAAAGCCAAGUACGAGCCACUCAGUUGCUGUGCCAGUUUUACAAUUCUGUCCUACCUAAUGAGGCCCAGUGCAUCAUCUACAAUGAGUUUCUGCUUUACCUCACUCGUAAGCUGGCAGACAAGGAACUGGAGGGACAUGUUUUACAAAAUACCAGUCAACUCUACCUCACCCUGGGAACUGAAAGGGCAUUCAGAUCAGCACUGGAGUAUACCAAACGGAGCCUUGGAAUCUUUAUCGAUCUGGAGAAGAAGGAGAAGGAAGCAUAUGCUUGGCUGCAGGCUGGAAAGAUAUAUUACAUUCUAGGAGAAAAUGAAUUGGUGGACCUGUAUAUACAGGUUGCUCAAGAUGCUGCUGUGAGCACAGAAAAAUUGGAGUUCGCAAUGGAAGUUUUCGAAGCUGCAGGGGAUGUGUUUUUUAACGGAUCCCGGGAUAGAGAAAAAGCCAUUUCCUUCUUUAGGGAUCAAGCACUUCCCCUCGCUAUCAAAGUUGAAAAUACAAAGGUGGAGCUCAGACUCUGUAACAAGCUGACAGGACUACUGCUGCAUUUGAAGACUUAUGCAGAAGCCCUAGAAUAUGCCCAAACUGCUCUGACACUCAGUGUGACCCUUGGAGACGCACUCAAUGAACGGGUUGCUUAUCAUCGACUGGCAAUAGUACAUCAGUCCCUUGGUCAGUGUGAGCUGGCUGAACACUUCUAUCUGAAGGCACUUUCCCUUUGCUCCUGUCCACUGGAGUUUGAUGAGGAGACAAUUUACUAUGUCAGAGUUUAUGUACAACUGGGAGAUAUGAUAUUCUAUGAUCUUAAGGAUCCAUAUGACGCAGCAGGCUACUACCACUUGGCUCUCGCCGCAGCUAUGGAUUUAGGCAGUAAGAAAUCGCAGCUGAAAAUCUGCACCAGGCUUGCCACAAUCUACCACAAUUUCCUUGUGGAUCGGGAAAUGUCACUCUACUUCUAUCAGAAAGCAAGAAAAUUGGCCAAUGAGCUGAAUAUUCGAAGAUUAAAUCUAUCCCCAGACCAGUAUUAUAAAACUGUAGCACAGGCACCUUUAAAAUCCUUCUUUUAAACAGGAAAUGGCUACUGCGACUUCAAAACAAUUUGCUUGAAGGGACAGUAACAAAGAUUAGGUCAUUCUGUUUGGGUGCAAAAUGUAAGUGGCUGACCUUGAAGUCUUUUUUCUGGUUUUACCUCCAUUUCUUCCUCCUUGCAUUGUUUAAGAUUUGGAUUUCCUCCAGACAGAAACAGCAGUCAGUGCCAGAGCUGUGAAACAUUUUUCUUUGUAAAAGGUUCAUUACAGCUUAUGUUGGUUUCUGUUUUCCUUAAAAAUGUUUGCAGGUAACUGUUUCAAAUUGUAUAGUUUUACGGUAGAACAAUGUAACAAAAAUGUAUGGAAGAACAAGUUAGAUACAUCAGCAGCUGAGAUUGAAGUGCAUUGAGAAUGUCACUGUUUAAUACUGACAUUGUUGCCAUUUGAACUGAGCUAGAUCAUUCCUAUUCAAAGUUUCAUUAUUGUUUCCUUAUUGUUCUUCUCUUUCCAUUUUUCUCCAUAAUUUUAUUGACAGGGCACUUGACUGAUAGUGCAUAGCAAAUAUGAGUUCUACAACUACCCGUGGUCACAUUCAUUAAUGUGCACCCAUUCAUGAAUAAUGUAGAAAAUAAAUGUUAUUUGUCAAUCAAAUACCAAUAAUUAUGAAGACAUUGCUAUUUACAGAUGCUGUACAGGUUGGUCGCAAACAUUUUGGGGAUAAUUGUAUAUUGUUCAUUGUUUAGCUGAAUAGCAUUUUUAAGAAAUUUAAAUGAGGGACAAAUGGUUGCUUGCUACCCUACUGAAUCUGAAAUGUAAAACAAAUAUAUCACUCCUCAUUUGUCA